CCUCUGUGUCCUCAGUACCACUUUGCAGCUCCCAGCUGUCCAACUCCAAGGACCUAUGGGGUCGCGUAAAGAAUAUUAUCCACCAAAUGGCAGUGCUUGCGGGGAAAAAAUGGAACCUUUAUAUCGCUAUGAUUUUGUCUUUUUUAAACAAUUAUGUUUGUCUAGUUUGAUUCAAGAAGUGCUUUGGGGGACCCUGAGCCCCCCUUCGCCGCCGCCCCUCCUCCUGGUCCCUCCCUUUCAUUAACACUGCAGGUCCAAUGCUGGUCGAUGUGACUUUUAGAGAAAAGCGGAGAAGCUCAUGUGUCUUGUGGACAGAACCAUGCACACAGACCGGCAUGCAGCCUCCUGAACGACAAGAACAGAUCAACGCCUUAAGGUCGGACCUUUCCCCUUAUUUGCAUUACGCCAAAGCACCGCCAAUUAACCUCACAUAUUGUAGAUGCCUUCUCCUAUCAGCUUGAUUGUCAAAACAUGCAAAACCUUUUUCUUUUCUGCAGAACUUGCUUUUUUUUUGCUUGCCUUCCACUGUUAUGAAGUAGAGUCCAAUUGAAACAUUUCUGUGAAUUUGAAAAAAGACGGGCUAUAGCGACUGUUUCGCACAAGAACGCUUUCAUUGCAGUUUAUUUUUGAACUGGAAGACUAUUUACGGGACUUUGGCUGCGGAUCAGUGUGGCACCAACAUCAUGGGGCUUGUGUUUUGGAUGUGCUUGCUGCUGGCUCUCCCACUGCUCCAGUCUGCCAAGAUCCUGACUGUCUGCCUAAUUGGAGGAAGCCACUACUUGCUUUUUGACGAGAUAUCUCACAACUUCCAUCUACACGGCCACGAGGUUCGCAUGCUCUUGCAACUGGGCAACCCUGUGAUCACAGGUUUGUCCUAUGCUGGUCGGAAUGACAGCUACCAGACCAGCACUUGGUCCUUAGGAGAAGAGUACAUUAAACAAUUAUACGGCUGGUUCUUGGAGCAACAAGCACAGUUUUUACUGGGACGGGAUAACUUGAGUGGCUUUUUGAACUUCAUGGGGCACCUUUCCUAUCAAUGUGACCAUCUCUUGGGAGACCACGAGCUACUAAGGUUCCUCCAGAGGGAGCAAUAUAACAUGGCUAUCCUGGAUGCCUUUAACCCCUGCUCCUUCAUCAUAGCACACAAACUUGGUCUUCCCUUCAUUGCUUUCUAUCCCGGCACUCUAAACGGUCCUCUCUCCAUCACAAUUCCCUCAUCCUUGUCCUCAGUGCCAGUUUGUAGUUCCCAGCUGUCUGACCACAUGGGCCUGUGGGGUCGUGCAAAGAAUGUUUUCUACUCACUUGUAGGUGUAAUAGGCCGGCGAAUUGUUUGGUCCAUGUUUAAGGAUGUAGCUGACCGCCACCUCGAUUCAGGCUCUCCACCUGGUGGUCUGGACGAGUUCCACCACAAAGCUGAGUUGUGGGCCUUCAACACCGACUUCUCCCUGGAGUUCCCCCAGCCUCUUCUACCUUACACCGUGCUGGUGGGGGGUCUCCUCAAUAAGGUGGCCAAGCCUCUGGAUCAGGAGCUUGACUUGUGGGUCUCCAGCUUCGGAGAGGCAGGGUUCAUUGUUGUGACUCUGGGCUCCAUGGUCUCUUCUGUCUCUGUGGACCGACUUCUGGUGGAGCUGGUCGAUGGCUUCUCCAUGAUCCCUCAGGGGGUCAUCUGGAGGUAUGAUUGUGAGCUUUGGCCACCUCACCUAAGCAAACCUUCCAAUGUACGCCUUGUGGACUGGCUUCCUCUCAAUGACAUACUAGGACAUAAAAAUAUGCGUCUCUUCGUCACCCAUGGAGGUCAGAACAGUCUUCUCCAGGCAGUGUACCACGCUGUUCCUGUGCUGGGCAUCCCUCUGUUUGGAGAUCAGUUUGACAACAUGGUGCGAGCUGAAGCAAAGGGUUUAGGACUCACCAUCAGCUCCACGCAAAUCACCAGCAGGCUGCUUAGCUCAACCAUUCAAACAAUCAUCAAGGAUGCCAGCUUCAAGUCCGCAGCUUUGUCCCUCAGCAGCAUCCACAGAUCCCAUCCUGUCUCCCCGGCACUCCGGCUGGUGCAGUGGGUGGAACACAUUCUGCAAAGCGGAGGCGGAGCUCACCUGAGGCCGUCCUCGCUACAGCAGCCAUGGUACCAGAGAUAUCUGCUGGACCUGCUUCUUCUUCUCUUAAUCAGCCUGGCUGGGCCCGUCUUUCUCUGCUGGCUUCUCUGCAAGAGCAAGACAAGCAAAGGUGACAGAAAGAAAAUACAAUAAAUGUGCUCUUAUGUUAAUAACUGAGUUAUUUGCCUAACUGUGAAGUCAGUGAUUAAUAAAU